AGCCCUAAUGGCUGGCGCAGCAGAAGAGACGGAGCCGAGGAGGGAGACGAUCCUUCGGAGACGGUCCCUAAACCUCGGACUGAAGUAGCUCCCGAUGUACAUGAGAUAUUUUUCCAGGCUAUUUUCAGCUAUGGCUGGACCCAGGCCCGUGGUGUUUAGCGGCCCAUCGGGGGCAGGGAAGAGCACUCUGCUGAAGAAACUCAUGAAGGAAUAUGACAGUGUGUUUGGCUUCAGCGUCUCCCAUACAACAAGAAACCCUCGACCUGGAGAAGAGAACGGCAAAGAUUACCAUUAUGUUACAAGGGAAGUGAUGCAGGCAGGGAUCGACAAAGGCGAUUUCAUUGAGAACGCAGAGUUUUCAGGGAACAUGUACGGGACGAGUAAAGCUGCCGUGCAAGACGUCCAGGCCAAGAACCUCAUCUGUAUACUUGACAUUGACAUGCAGGGUGUGAAGAACAUCAAAAGGACAGACCUCAGUCCUAUCUACAUCUCCAUCCAGCCACCAUCCAUGGCAGUCCUGGAAAAGCGUUUAAGAGACAGGAAGACUGAGUCAGAGGAGAGCCUCCAGAAGCGUUUACAAGCGGCUAAAGUGGAUAUGGAGUUUAGUAAAGAACCUGGUGUAUUUGAUGUCGUAAUCAUCAAUGAUCAUUUGGACGAUGCUUAUGGGAAGUUAAAAGAUGCUCUUCUUGAGGAAAUUACUAAAGUCAAGAAAGUCAACAUGUCUUCGUAGGGGACGAGCAUCGCAACACCUUUUUAGUCCCGUCCAGCCACUCCUCACAAAACCGCAGACCUCCAUUCCAGUCCUGAACAUUCCCUCAAAUGGUGGUCUGUGAAGCUCAGACAACAUCCGUCAGCGGAUACAUAGACGCGUAGCUUUUACAUGGUGUUUAGAAGUAGUUCUUACUAAAUGAUAACAUACUGUAAUGUGGAACAUUUUUUUUAUUGACAAGGAGCGCUUUCCAGAUUUUUAUUUCAUUUGUAUGGAAAAAAAAAAGAUACUCCAAUAAUGCGUACUUGAUAUGUGACUGGCAUGGUAUGCAGGAUGUUGGACAGGGUUAACUGAACACGGAUAUACUGCUUGUAGCCUUGUCCUGUCAUCACCUUGGACUAACACAAAAGGAGAGUAACAUAACUCAUUCCAACAUGUGGGUAAACUGGUCUGUCAAGGGUAUGAAUAAGCACAUCUCGGGAUUCCUAGGUUUGUAAGCAGUGAGUUAUGCUACUCUUAACACUUGAAGGUUUUUUUGUGUGUAAUCAGUUAUAUACUGUGUUGACGGAGAAAUUGAGUUUCAGAGUUAGUCUGAAAUAUUCAGAUGACAGAUACAGUGAGAGUUUUAUGUCAGCGUUCAAGCUCCUGCACAUGUUUAAUUCAAGAGAGCAACACGUGUAAUUUUAGCAUUGAGACUGAUCUCUGAGACAUGGGGGCGGUUUACUUCAGGGGGUACAUACAUGCAAGUCAACUGUACUGUUAAAACAAUAAAACUAUUCCAGUGCUG